UUCCAUGUCCAGGCGGUUGCAGAAGGAGUUGAGAGACCUGCAACUCACAGGUUGUCCAACAGGAAUCGCUCUGCUGAAGGCAGACGACUUCCAGACAUGGAUUCUCUCCUUAGAAGUCCUCGGUAAUACACUCUAUGAGGGCGAAAAGUUCGCUCUCCGUUUUGUGUUCGACAAUUCGUAUCCAAUUACGCCGCCAGCAGUCAUGUUCGUUGUAGAUGACGAGAAUCAGGCACCCAUUCAUCCGCACGUUUACUCCAACGGUCACAUAUGCGCUUCAAUUCUAGGCAACGAAUGGUCCCCGGUGCUUACUGUUAGUGCCGUAUGUAUUACACUGCAAAGUAUGCUAGCGUCUUGCAAGUCGAAGGAACGCCCACCGGAUAACAAUCGCUAUGUCAGCCAUGCACCUGCAGAUCCGAGAAAGACUCGCUGGGAUUUCCACGAUGAUAGUGUAUGAUAUUCCCCGCUUAUCGAUCGCUGUGAAAGGUACACCAUUUGUUCGUCCUGUAAUAUAGCACCUGUCUACGAAGGUUGGCAACUCUUCGCUGAUGUCGAACACUGAGUUGUGUGUAGACGAAAUCCUCAUCUGUGCAAUCGGCCUUGUCUGCGGAGAGAUCGCCAUCGCCAUCGCACCUGUCUGCAUCAUCGUUCAAGUUCUUUGUGAUGCUAUUGCCCGCUACUGUUAGGAACGACCAGUCACCACAUGUCCCGCAGUGUCAAUGUCUCGUUUCGUCAGCUCGUCGCCGCAGAGGUUUGAUAGCAGCCUGUCUCUCCGGUUCUCGAUU